AAUUCAGUAGGUUUUUUGUCUUCACAGUUGUUCUUGCGAGUUGAAAACAGAGUGAAUACGUGGAGAUCGGUUCAUCUGGGGACUCAAAGCCGACAGAAUCAAAUAAUUGAUGCUCAAAUUGAAAAGGAUAGGCAAUUACAGAAGAAAACUUUGAAAAUUUUAUUACUAGGAGGUCCUGGAUCAGGAAAGAGUACGAUAUUCAAGCAAAUGAAAAUUCUGCAUAUGAAUGGCUUCACUGACGCCGAUUAUGUUAACUUUCGCUACCUGGUUCAUAGUAAUGUUGUACAGGCCAUCACCCAAUUGUUGAGGGCUGCUGAACAAUUCGAAUAUUCUCCUGAUGACUGUGAUAAAUUGAAGCAAGCCUUGGAUUUUUUUCGAGUUUACAAGGAACAAGUGAGACCGUCGGAGGUAGAACUCAGUUUGGAGCUAUCACGAGCGAUUUCUAUCAUCUAUAACUCGCAGUUUAUAAAAAGCACUCUGUUACGGAAGGACGAAAUCGAGCUUCUUGACUCAGCAGAAUAUUUCUUGAAUGACUUGGAACGAAUUAGUGGUACCGAUUAUCGAGCUAAUGAAAUGGACGUGAUCAGGGCUCGAGUACCGACGUCUGGUAUCAACGAGAUUGAAUUUAGCUACAAGCAUGUCAUACUGAGAAUGGUCGACGUUGGUGGUCAACGAUCAGAGCAACGGAAAUGGAUUCAUUGUUUUGAUAAUGUUAGUGGUGUAUUAUUCAUUGCUGAAAUAUCUGCUUAUAAUCUAAUCGAAGAUGACGGUGAAGUACGAAAGAACCGCUUGAAAUACAGUAUGCAUUUAUUCAAACGUGUUGCCAAUAAUCGGUGUUUUGGAAAGAAAACUGCGAUGAUACUAUUUCUAAAUAAAAUCGACAUUUUUAAACGGAAACUGCUGACGACGUCGAUAAAAACAUGUUUCAAGGAUUAUAAAGGAGCUCAGGUCUUUGAAGAAUCUGCCCAGUACGUAAAAGACCGAUUUCAACGGCUAGUCAGUUCCGAAAUCCAAUACGAAAAGCCACUAUACGUGCAUUUUACGAAUGCGACCGAUACGAGGAAUAUCGAUCGAGUUUUUGAAUCGUGUCUAGAUGUUGUAUUUAAGAUCAGUAUGGAAAAAGUCGGGUUCAUGUAA